GAGAACUACAAGGGGACCUCCGGAGUGAGUUCGUCCACGCUUUGAGAAGUAGGUUAGCAGGGUAGACUGGGAACCUUUUAAGAACCUUGGAACCUUGCAAGCCAAGCUAAACCACCGUGGGAGUAUUCUGUCAAGAAGUUACCGAAAUAGUGCAUCGAGACAAACAGGAAAACAUGCAACUUGAACUGUCGAAUUUCUUUGCAUUUAAUUAACUGUCGUAAGACUCUCCUCGCUGAUUUUUGCCUUAUUUUCUGAAAAAAUAUUUUCUAGUUCAUUAGGCUAAAGAAGUUUUUUUUUACGUGCAAGCAAAUGCUGGUCUUUCAACAGUUUUACAGAUAUUUGUAUUCAAUUUACAACCCACAUGAAGUCAAAUUCAUUGAUCCAGAAUCGAUAAAUAUUCAACAUGAGAGCUCAAAUAGAAGUAAUACCCUGCAAGAUCUGUGGGGACAAGUCCUCAGGUAUCCACUAUGGGGUCAUUACCUGCGAAGGUUGCAAGGGGUUCUUCCGCCGCAGCCAGCAGAACAACGCCAUGUACUCGUGUUCCCGCCAGAGAAACUGUCUUAUUGACCGAACCAACCGCAACCGCUGCCAACACUGCAGACUGCAGAAGUGUCUGGCUUUGGGCAUGAGCCGGGACGCGGUGAAGUUUGGCCGUAUGUCUAAGAAGCAGCGAGACAGCCUGUACUCUGAGGUUCAGAAGCACCAGAAGAACCAGGAGCUUCUGAACCAGGAGGUUGUGAACCAGGGGUGUCUGAACCAGGGUUUGUCCCUGACCAGAGAAGAUGUGGCAGGGGGAGACAGCGAGGGGGACAGGCACAGGGAGCUCAGUCACUCCUACAGCAGCGGCGGCUCCAGCUCCACCCUGAGUGACCUGGAUGACAUCCCCGACCUGUUUGACCUGCCCUUGACCCCGGAGGAGGCCCACGAGUACUGCAGCCUGGAGCUGCUGGGAGGCCACGGCGGAAGCACCGGGAACACCUCAAACUCUUCAUCAUCGUCAUCAUCCUCUAACAAUUCGUCCAAUCAGAACUCGCCGCAGCAGAAUCUGCUGGAUGUCACAGACGCCAAUGGAAUCAAACAUGAGUACCAGAUGUUGUCGCACACACAAGCCGCGCUGCUGGAGCCACUGGCCAAUGACUGCACUCUUAUGGAUAUAGAGCGUAUCACCCAGAGUGUGGUCAAGUCCCACUUGGAGACGAGUCAGUACAGUUCUGACGACCUGAAGAGGCUGACAUACAGUGGGAUUCAGUACUCACCUGAAGAGACCUGCAACUUCCAGUGCAAGUCUGAAGAGUUUAUGUGGCAGCAGUGUGCCCACCAUAUCACCAAUGCCAUCCAGUACGUGGUGGAGUUUGCCAAACGCAUCACUGGCUUCAUGGACCUGUGUCAGAACGACCAGAUAAUUCUGCUCAAAGCAGGCUGUCUGGAGGUGCUGUUGAUCAGGAUGUGCAGGGCGUUUAACGCUAACACCAACACCAUGUUCUUUGAUGGCAAGUUUGCCUCCGCCCAGCUCUUCAAAGCCCUCGGUUGCGAUGACCUGGUCAGUGCCGUGUUUGACUUGGCUAAAGGACUCUGCCGCCUGCAGCUAACCGAUGAGGAAAUGGCUCUGUUCAGCGCCGCUGUCCUUCUGUCCCCAGAGCGACCAUGGCUGACCGACAGCCAGAAGGUCCGGAAGCUGCAGGAGAAGCUCUUCCUGGCUCUGCAACACAGUCUGCACAUGAGCGGGGCCUCCGACGAGAAACUAGACCAGAUGGUGUCCAAGCUGCUGAUGAUGAAGUCCAUCUGUAAUCUCCACGUCAACAAGCUGGAGUUCUUCCGUCUGGUUCACCCCGAGACCGCAUACAGCUUCCCACCACUCUAUCGGGAAGUGUUCGGGAGUGAGAUCUCUCUACCCGACUCUACAAACAGCUCCUAGAGAGAAAUAUGGAGUGAAUGUGUUAGAGGCAGGUUAAGAAAAGUGUGGAGAUAUGGAAGCGAAAGGGGAGAUUGAGCGAGGGAUAUAAAUAUUGAACUCAGAAAUAACCAGCAGUUAACUAGACAAUCCAGGACUUAAAAUACUCAAUUUCCCAGCAUGCUGUGGCGUUAUUCCUCCACUAUCCUAGCAGGCCAUGCACCUUACACUACAGACUUCACCUUCAGGGUCCUUUUGUACCGUAGCACUUUGGACAAACUAAUGGGCAAUAUGCAUAUUCUACAGUGUGAACAUAGAUCAUUUAGCAUUAGAAAUUCGAUGCUCCGCAACCCCGUCAUGAAUGUACCCCACUGACAACCACCAAUGCACCAGCCAGAACCACACACCGAAUGUACAGUGGGGCAAAAAAGUAUUUAGUCAGCCACCAAUUGUGCAAGUCCUCCCACUUAAAAAGAUGAGAGAGGCCUGUAAUUUUCAUCAUAGGUACACUUCAACUAUGACAGACCAAAUGAGGGAAAAAAAUCCAGAAAAUCACAUUAUAGGAUUUUUUAUGAUUUUAUUUGCAACUUAUGGUGGAAAAUAAGUAUUAACACUCUGGGACAGUUUGACUGGUUGAAUUAGAAUCAUUGUAAUGCUAUGAUUCUACUCAAUAGACCCGGGGUUCUUUUAUUUAUAGUCGCAAAGACACAGUUCUUAGUGGUACCCAUAUGUAGACUGCAUGUAUGUUGGACAUGUAAGAGACCAAGAUUAUCAUUCAGUUAUUCCUCUGUUACAAAAUGAGGAUAUAAACAGGUAUGACAUGCCACACUACUUGGUCAUGGCCUUAUUGGUCAAUUAUUCUUUAUUGAUCGUCUCCCUACAGGUUUAUAGCAAACUCACAGAAUGGUCACACACUUACAGACAUAGGCACUUGUUCUGACAGUGUUUGGUGCUGCCCUUUGUAGACUUAAAAAAUGCAAUGAGAAACCUCAGUCGCUCACCUUCUUCCCAUGAGAGAGAGAGAGUCAGGUUUCCAUGGCAACACCCACCCCCAUAGCAACCCAAUGGGGUUACGCAAUGUAUGUCAUUUGACCAUUCGGGAGGCUGAACACUCUUUGCAUAGUGAACACUGCCAAGGUAGGCAGCCCAAUCACACGAAGGCAAAGGAGGGUCUCUAGUAGAAUGGCCCAACAUUGUCAAUGAAACGGAUUCUUGCCUCAUGAGACCACGCUGGGUGAAAGAAACAGCAGAAGACAGAACAUAAGAAGAGACAAGGAUAUUUUAUGAACUCUGAAUAACAAAGAGACUUGAGGAGAACAGCUCCUCUGUGAGAGUCCCUAACCAGCAACAUCCAGCCAAUAGGAAUAGUCUCCCAUUCACUAAUGCCUUGUCUUUGGGUUACAGUUAAAUUGUCUGUGUGUAAACUCUCUUUACUGGUUGGAUCAACUGUAUUAUUUUUGUACAUUGCUGUUUCCGUGUCAUCUACUCCUCACCAAAUGUCAAAGAUCUUUCCUAUCCAGGAUCCCACUGGGCGAGCACAAGUCUAAGGCUGGACUCAGCUACCCGCCUGAGUUAGACAUAAUUUGUAUAAGGUUUAUGAGUCAGACAGCGCAUCUCUUAACCCUUUGAGGAGCAUGGACAGACAACAUAUCCUGAUUCUAUUUGUUCUUAUUGAACUGUAAUGUUCCACAACAGAAUACUGAGAAUAAGGUUCUAUGAACUCACUCCACAAAGGGCUAAAAGUGACUCGUAGCCACUCAGGGAGCUAGCUCUGUUCUGUCAUUCUCUCUCUACUAGCAGUGUCUUCUACUAUUAGUGUUUUCCUCUCACCUUGCAGCUAAGACAAGACCCAUAACCUUGAUCACUGUGUUCGUAAUCUUUGUUUUCAUGUUACUCACACAGUGUCAGAGAUCUUUCCCCUUUAUUCUCAAUAUUAUAACACAAUCUGAAUUUUACAAGACACAAUCUAAAAAAUAUACAUAUUUUUAGAACAUGCUAUUCUUGGGAUUUAAUGUUGCUUUUGUUGUGAGUGUUAUUUCUGUUGGUCUUUGAUCUUUUUCCUCCUGUUAUGUCAUCACAUUUUUGUCUUGUAAAAUAAGUGAUCUAUUUUUUUUUAAGAAACUUUUUUUCCUCUCUAUUCCCCUUAAGACAAAAUGUACAAGAGGUAUAUUGUGAGUCAAAGAGUAAAUAAGUUACUCAGCUCAAUGUAUAUUCUUGUAUGUUGGGAUACUUUACAUGUGCUUUAAAGAAUCUAAUAAAAGUAUUUCUUUUUCUUUUGAAUA